CGACGGGACCCGGAGCCCCAGCCCGGUGCCUCCACCUCACUCGCCGACCCACGAGAGGAACCGCGAGCAGAAGAUCCUGGAACUGACCAACAAGAUGAUGUCCCUGCUGACUGGAGAGGAGGUGGAUAUAUUGGAAAGGCCUAAGAUGUCGGAGAAUCACCGGCCCCUCGGAGCGCAGGACACAACGGCAGACGGGGGUCCACCUCCAGAACUUCCCAGCCUUGUCUCACCAGAGCAGACGGACGACGAGGCCGGCCCUCCGAGCGAGCCACCCAAUAAACCCGCGAGAAGCGCAACCGAGGCGACGUCUUCUGGUGAAGAAGGAGAUCCCACGGACUCCGAUGUCUCCCCAUCCCCAGGACGCGCUUCCACUGAUACAAAGGAGGAACCGAGCUCGCGUUCAGGCGGAGGGGCCCCUGAGAGCGUGUACGGGGCCACACAAUGUACGAUGAGGUGUAUUAAAGAGGAGCCUUUGUCUUGGGAAGAAAGAAGUCCUGGAGACGCCAGCGACUGCGCCCCAGAGGAACAUCAGGAGGAGGAGUACUUCUCUGUGGUUAUUAAGGAAGAAUGCGCUUCAGACGAUGAGGAAGACGCUCCUCGCCUUGGCGCGGCCGGUGUCUCGGAGGAGCGCGGCGCCGGUAGUCCACCGUUGCAGAGAAUAGACGGAAGCCUCUACUUCAGGAGGUACAACGAAAUCGAGAGGAGCUACGUGCUGGCGCAGGUCCUGCCCUCGGCAGAGAACCUGUAUUUCUGCCCCGUGUGCAACAAGUGCUUUCGGACCGACUCGGAACUCGUCGGGCAUCACGCGGCGUCCCACCAGAGCCGCCCCGCCGGAGAAAAGCCGUUCGUCUGCGCGGAAUGUGGCAAAGCGUUCGCCGUCAGGAGCCUGCUGAAGCGCCACUGGACCACCCACAAGCCGUUCACGUGCUCGGAAUGCGGGGAACAGUUUCCUUUCAAGAAGAACCUCAUGGUGCACAAGAGGUUCCACGGGAAAGAGAAGCCCCACUCGUGCCCGGAGUGCGGGAAGUCCUUCGGCAGGAACUCGCACCUCAUCAGGCAUCAGAUGAUUCACACGGGAGCGAGGCCCUUUCCCUGCCCCCAAUGCGGGAAAUGCUUCAGCCGCAAGUCGUCCCUCAGCCUCCAUCAGAGAAGCCACAUAUGAUACAGACG